CAAGGAACUGGCAUAUCUUUCUUUCAGAUAGCAAUGAUUCCAAUACCAUUGGUUGUGGUUGUGCUAGGAGGAUGGUGCGCUAUUUACCUGGCUGAUACAUUUUUCUUGACAUCAAAGUCUUUCAGGAACACUUAUGGACUCUGGCUAACCAGACAUGGGUUGACAUUAUCCCCUUUCCACAUCCGUUGGCAAAGUACUCUUUUCAACCAUCUGUUUUACAAAUGGGGACGUUGGAAGCCUCGGUUUCUCUACAUAUGGUUCAGCUUGGGUAUGGUGUUUGGAAUUAUUGCAAUGUUUGGAUCCAUAAUACUUCUGGGCAAAACACUUAUACAAACACUAAGUCAGAUGAUGUCAGAGAGCCCAGGGACCCAGAAUGAUCGAAUGCUUCAAGUUGUGGUGCCUGGUGUAAAUCUGCCCAUCAGCCAGCUGACAUAUUUCUUCUCUGCAAUCCUUAUUAGCGGUGUAAUACAUGAAGUAGGACAUGGUGUGGCUGCCGUAAGAGAAAACGUUCAACUUAAUGGCUUUGGGAUCUUCAUAUUUGUGGUCUACCCUGGUGCAUUUGUUGACCUGUUUACUACUCAUUUGCAGCUUGUGUCACCUGUUCAACAACUACGUAUAUUUUGUGCAGGUGUAUGGCAUAAUUUCAUUCUCGGGGUUGUAGGCAUCUUAAUAUUAUUUCCACUCCCUGCUCUUCUGUAUCCCUUUUAUUACACUGGUGCUGGAGCGCUGGUUACUGACGUUUUAGAGGACUCUCCUGCUAGUGGAGCUAGAGGACUGUUUGUCCGUGACCUUGUGACACAGCUGCAAGACUGCCAAGUGACUGGUGUGGAUGACUGGCAUUCUUGCCUUGUUGGAAUUUCCCAGAAGCCUCAGACUGGCUACUGCAUAAACACUGCAACCCUUCAGCAACUUCAUUUCCCUAGCAGAGUGUAUAGAAGACUGGAUGGUUCCAUCGAAUGCUGCAGUAACAAUAGUCUGUCUGACAUAUGCUUCUCAUACAGCAGUGAUAUGAACAACCAACUGUUUGCCUGUCUACCUGCACGAAAGGCUAUCUAUACCAGUAAAGAAUGCAGAUCAAACACAGAUUGUCAGGACUCUACAAAUAGAGUUUGUGCUGUUCCAUCAUUAGAAAAUCAAACUCGCCUGAUAAGGGUAAAGCACCCACCUCAAUUAGAGAUGUUAUUUGUUGGUUAUCCCGUACAUCUAGAAUAUGGAGUGAGCCUGAGUAAUUUUGUGCCACGAUUCAGCUUUCUCAGUAUAGAUCUUCCAGUGGUUAUAGAGACUUUCUGCAAAUAUUUAAUUUCUCUGUCAGGGGCUCUAGCAGUGAUCAAUGCAGUUCCCUGUUUUGCUCUUGAUGGACAAUGGAUAUUAAACUCUUUCCUUGAAGCCACGUUGUCUUCUAUCAUCAUAGAAAAGCAGAAUCGUGAACUUGUGGGUUUCUUCAUUCUGCUGGCUGGAAGUGCUCUUUUAAUGGCAAAUGUGGUCCUUGGACUUUGGAUGGUGACAGCCCGGUAAUCAAUGUACCUUCACAUCAAACCUUCAAAUGUGUAUAAAUGACUUGUAAUUAAACAGUUGAUUAGUUUAACAGGCAUUUCCACCAUAAAUUAUUAAUGGUAUAUAGUAUGCACAGUUCCAUAUGCAACUCUACCAUUUUUAUCAAGCUCAAAAAGGACUCAAUAUAUAUUUUGACAAAGGUGGAGCUACAAGUAUGUGGACUUCUAAAGUGACAUUGAAAGAUCAACUUUAAUCAGAUUUAAUCAGAAGAAUGGAUAAUUAAUUUCCUUGGCUCACCCAAGUAGCAAUCAUCAACAGAGAUCAGACCUUUUCAGUAGAUAUCAGACCGAGAACACCCAUUUCAGAUGGGUAAAAGACUCCUCAUCUUGACACUGUCUUUCAUACUUUGUUCUUAGGGCAGGAUGGACAAAAAUCCUAGCCUGAUAUUGUGUCCUACCUAUAUGUCUGUUAGCUUUCACUUUAAUAUUUUUUUAGCUGCUUAGCUGAAUGUCCGGUAUACCCAAUGUAUCCUCAAAGGUAUAGUUAGAUACAUUGCAUGGGAUAACUUUAAAAAAAAAAUACAUUUGAUUUAUCCAUGCUUGCACAUAUUUUUUUAAGGCUGUAAAAGAUAUAUUCCAUAAACAGGAGCAAACUUUUUUUUUUUCUACCUCAGCUAAGGCGUACUGGUAUGCUACAGCAUACUAUGUUCCCAGUAUCCCGUGUCUUAGUAGUAUUUCAGGAUAAACAGAAGAAAGCUGGUUCUCUCUUAUAGGAACAAUACCUUAGACACACCUUAGAAUCUCUAUGUCCAUACUUUUUUACUUCAAUAUUUGCUCUUUUUAUCCAAACAUACAAACCUUCAGUGUGAUACAAAGUGUCUUCCGUUUCAGCUCCAGUGCCAUCCUUGUAUUUAAAGAGCAAGACAAGUCCAAAUUAAACUUGCAUGAUUCAGAUAGAGCAUGACAGUUUAAGACACUUUUACAUUUACUUCUAUUUUCAAAUGUGCUUAAUUUUCUUGGUAUCCCUUGUUGAAAAUGAAUACACACAUAUCAUACACUAGUGGGAGCUAACUGCUGAUUGGUGCCUGCAUACAUUUGUCUCUUGUGAAUGGCUAACUAGAUAUGUUCAUCUAGCUGCCAGUAGAGCAAAUAUGUUCCUUCAGCAAAGGAUAACAAGUUAAUGAAGCAAAUUUGAUAAUAGAAGUAAAUUAAAACGUUGUUUAAAAUUCUAUGUUCUAUCCAAAUCAUGAAAUAAAAUAAAAUGUUGGAGUUUCCAAUCCCUUUAAGACUCACAUAUAUUGUGUAGAGCAGGGGUGUCCAAACUUUGCUCUCCAGAGGUUUUGGAACUACAUUUCCCAUGAUGCUCAGCUAGAUAAAAUGCUGGCUGAGCAUCAUCGGAAAUGUAGUUCCAAAACCUCUGGAGAGCAAAGUUUGGACACCCCUGGUGUAGAGGUUUGGCACUUGUAUGUGGAAUGACCUUUUAUGUUUGAUGCAUUAAUUUAAUCAUAGAUAUUAUAGCAUAUAUUUUAACUUAUAACCAAGCCAGAGUCCUGUGAUAACCUGGCAGUUCCAGUUGUCUGGCAUAUCUGAGGUGAUCAUAGCUCUCAAAUUUGUGAGUAGUUUUAACUGGGAAUACCCUAUAAGAUAUUUGGACUACAUUGCAAUACAUUUUGUUUCCUUUCCUCUUUUAUUCUUCUAUAGCGUUGGGGAAGAAGAAUCACUUUAUACACAUUUUGUUUGUAAUGCAUUUAUUAGCAUUAAUUAUUGUUUUGUUAUUUUCACACAUUUGUUAUCAAAUAUACUGUACAGGCUUUGCAUCUAGCAGCCUUGCAACUAAGCAAUACCACUUGUUUACAUUGUAA